CCUGGCCCCGCUCCACUCACAAUCCGAUGGCGGCGGCCGUGCUGAGAGAUUCGACUUCGGUUCCCGUGACUGCAGAAGCUAAAGUUAUGGGCUUCACACAGGUGAGUGGAGAGUGUUUCGGGGCCUCACUGGUGCUGACCCCAGUGUUUGUCUCUGAGAUUGUGUUCUGGGACUCUUCUCUUGGCACUCUGUGGGUCUUUGGUUCUAGGAACCCUGAACAAACAUCAAUCCCAGGGUCAUACAUCCAGGCUGGAAGCUGGUAUAGAACGGUUCCUAUGGCUGGAAACCAGCAAAGUAAGGUGUGGAACGUUGUCUCAGGCUUAUGUACUAGAUGAGCAAGUGCUUGAAAGUCAAGCUGAGCUGGUUUAGUGAACUACAACUUUUUUCUUUCUCAUGGGAACUGAACGCUGGGAUGCAGGAAUCAGACAAAAAAUGGCUCUCAGUUGUUGGGUGUUUCUUCUGGAGUGUGUGAUGAGCAAUGAUAGUUUGGGAGCAGAGGAGGUAUGUGACCUGAUCCAGUUCUCAUCAGGUUCUCUGUGUGGCCAAGCUGAGAGAACAGGCUGAGUGUGAGGUAUGAGAUAGGAAGAUAGUGAAGAAGGCUGCUGUAGUAGUCCAGAUGAGUGUUACUGGUGGCAGGACUUGUGUGGUGGCUGUGGAGGUAGUAGUUGGAUUCUGGAACCGUUUUUUAAGUAGGGAAGCCUGGAUUUUGAGAUGUUGAAGGCAAGAGAUAGAAAAGUAGGAUUCAGGGGUAAAAGCAGGUUGUUUGGGUUUAGCAGCUGGAAAUAUGGAAGCUCCACUAGCGAGGAUUGUAAAAUUGGUAGUAGAGUCAGUUGUCUGUAGAGGUAAUCAGAAAUUUUGAUUUGGAACAUCUUUAUUUUUAAUUUUUUUUUUUUUUUAAUCAUUAUCUGAACAUGGCCCAAUGGGACAUCUUUAGAGUCUGAGAUGGUUCAAAGAACAGUUAGUUUAGACAUCAAGUGGAUAGUCUAUCCAGAGGACUAGAACUGUGGGGAGGGAUUCAGGAUGGAGACAUUUAAAAGGUGGCCACUACUUGCCUAGGGGUAUAGCUUGGGACACAGUUAGGAGGUGGAAUCCUGAUCACUCUAGUAACGCUGUUACCAGUCCAGGGAAGGGAGGUUGGGGGUCACUACUGGGUCUUCUGCUGGGGGACAUGGUUGAUCAUGGUGGGAAUCACAAAGACAGGUAUGAGAGAGAAGUGGCCAUGGUGGGGUGUGAGAGCAAGGAUGAUCUGGCAAGUGGCCAAGGAUCUAGGAGAAGAGUGGGCAUGAGAUCAAUGCUUGGAAGUAAUCCAAACAAGAUGACACUGAGACCAAAACUAGUGCUUUCUCAGCACUCUAGAUCUAUCUACCAGGGUUUUGUGGUAACCGUUGAGGUGUCAGGAAUUUCAGGGAGGUGGAUAAGUUGAGAGUCACAGGUGGUCAUCUGGGAGAGUUACUGGGCCUGAGGUGUGGGAGUCCUCUGGGGCAGACUUUGAAUGAGGGUUAACAGGAGAGAAAGACUGUGACUUAACAGAGGAGAUCAAGUGCAGCACUAGUGGAAGAGGGCCAUGGGUGUCAGAACCCCAGGUAUUUCUGGGUGACUGAGGAUGUAGCAAGGGACAGAGUCAGGCAAGGAGGCCUUCAGAGCAGGAUGGGGCUCUGAAGGGCUGCCUUUGGCAGUGGGGACAUUCAGCCUCUGAGUAGCACCGGACCUCAUUUCAGUUUGCCAAGCACUUUCUGGAUGUUGCGUUCCAAAUAUCGUGGGGAUGCCAGAGAACUGCCUAUGGUGUGGAGCAACAGGGUGGAAAUCGCCGUGGAAGUGAGAUUGUUUGAGGGUGUGUGCUUCAAAGAGUGAUGUGCAUAUGGAGAGGAAGUGUGAACUGAACAACCCAUGGCCAUGGCAUUGAGGAUAUAAGAAUGAUGGCUAACCCCAUCAUUGCUUGUAUGUGAGAGGCAUACUUUUGGAAACUCCAGGAGAAUUGUCUGACAAGACAGAAUCCAACCCUAUAUGCUAGACCCAGAGUUUAAAUGGCAUUUCCUGGCCCACCUGCCUGUUGGUGCUGUGGGAAGACACAGUGAUGAUGGGACCAUGAGGAGAGAGAGGGCAGGAAUCAGUGCCACCAGGGCUUGGUAUCUCCUCUGAGGUGGGGCUUAGGGUUGGGGGUAAGCAGGGGAAGGAUGCAUGGGGGGCAUGAACUUGGGAUCCUAGGAGAGAAUCUGAUCAUGGAAAGAUCUGUCCCCAUCAUGGCAGGGCUCUGUGACCUUUGAGGACGUGGCCAUUUACUUCUCCCAGGAAGAAUGGGGGCUCCUUGAUGAGGCUCAGAGGCUCCUGUACCGUGAUGUGAUGCUGGAGAACUUUGCACUUAUAACUGCGCUGGGUAAGGCCCUCACAACCACUCUCGUCUCCUGGUCUUUGUCUAUCCUUUUUCUCCCCAGAGGCAGCUCUGUCGGACCAUGGGCUCUGCUGACUUCCCCACUGUCUUGGCAUAUGUGCUGUGGUGUAAGGAAUGAAAUCAUUGCACUCCUUAAUCAGCCCUGGUAUUUGCUGUUCCAAAACGCACCGGGAUGGGUCUGGGUGUUAGGUGUCUUGAGUCAGCCUAAUGCAUCUCAGUUUAUUUCUUCACUUCCUCUUUGGGUGGCUGUGUUCAUAUUCAUGGUACUUUGUGUCUCAGGUUCUGCCUCCUUGAUGACAUUUCCUUUGACUACCUGUGUUAGGAAUUUGCAGAAUUUUCCUCAUCAGUAUUUACAUGGACCAUGAGCUGUUGUUGCCAGAACCUCCUUCAGGAUCUGUGUGAUAUUAAUUUUCUUUCUUGUGUUCUCAAGGAAGCUGACUUGCUCUGGGCUACUGCAGGAUACUCACCUGUCCCAGCUGUCCCUUAGGACUUGCUUCAUUCAAGUCCCAAGUAGUGGCACAUCUAGAGGUGCCGGGAAAGCCCUGGUUGUUGGAAAGGGUGAAGAUGGGAAUAUGGCUUCAGAGGAAGCCUGGCCUCAGUCAGUGGCACCUGGUUUGUUGCCAUGGGAUGGAGGAUGAAGAGACACCUGAGCAAAGUGUUUCUGUAGAAAGAGUACCUCAGGUCAGGACUCCAGAGGCCAGUCCAUCCACCCAGAAGACUCAAUCCUGUGACAUGUGUGUCCCGUUCCUGACUGACAUUUUACACCUGACUGAUUUGCCUGGGCAGAAACCAUGCUUGACUGGGGCAUGUGCAGUCUUUCACCAGGAACAGAAGCAUCAUAGUGCAGAGAAACCCUUGGAAAGUAACAUGGACAAGGCCUCAUUUGUGCAGUGCUGCCUAUUCCCUGAGUCAGCAAUGCCUUUCACCAGCAUUGAGGUUGGGAAGGACUUCCUAGCCCCAUUGGGUGUUCUUCAGCCUCAGGCUAUUGCUAUCUAUGAACAACCCAACAAAAUCAGCAAAUGUGAGGAGGCCUUUCAUGUUGGAAUAAGUCAUUACAAGUGGAGUGAAUGCAGGAAAGAGUCCAGCCACAAACAAACUUUUUUUCACCCUAGAGUCUGCACUGGAAAAAGGUUUUAUGAAUCUAGCAAAUGUGGGAAAGCCUGCCGCUGUGAGUACUCCCUUGUUCAGCUCCAAAGAGUCCACCCUGGAGAAAGGCCUUAUGAGUGCAGUGAAUGUGGGAAGACUUUUAGCCAAACCUCUCAUCUGAAUGAUCAUCGGAGGAUCCACACAGGAGAAAGGCCUUAUGUGUGUGAUCAGUGUGGGAAAUCAUUUAGCCAAAGAGCCACCCUCAUUAAACAUCACAGAGUUCACACUGGAGAGAGGCCUUAUGAGUGUGGGAAAUGUGGGAAAUCUUUCAGCCAGAGUUCCAACCUUAUUGAACAUUGCAGAAUUCACACUGGAGAAAGGCCUUAUGAGUGUGAUGAAUGUGGAAAAGCCUUUGGAUCCAAAUCCACUCUUGUUCGGCACCAGAGAACUCACACAGGAGAAAAGCCAUAUGAGUGUGGUGAAUGUGGGAAAUUAUUCAGACAAAGCUUCAGCCUUGUUGUACACCAGAGAAUUCACACUACAGCAAGGCCUUAUGAGUGUGGCCAGUGUGGGAAAUCAUUUAGCCUAAAGUGUGGCCUCAUUCAGCACCAGUUAAUUCACAGUGGAGCUAGGCCCUUUGAGUGUGACGAGUGUGGAAAAUCCUUUAGCCAAAGAACCACCCUCAAUAAACACCACAAAGUUCACACUGCAGAAAGGCCUUAUGUAUGUGGGGAAUGUGGGAAAGCUUUUAUGUUCAAAUCUAAACUUGUUCGGCACCAGAGAACUCACACUGGAGAAAGGCCUUUUGAGUGCAGUGAAUGUGGGAAAUUUUUUAGACAAAGCUAUACCCUUGUUGAACACCAGAAAAUUCACACUGGAUUAAGGCCUUAUGACUGUGGACAGUGCGGGAAAUCCUUUAUCCAAAAGUCUAGCCUCAUUCAACACCAGGUGGUUCACACGGGAGAAAGGCCAUAUGAGUGUGGCAAAUGUGGGAAGUCCUUUACACAACACUCUGGCCUCAUUCUCCACCGAAAAUCUCACACUGUGGAGAGGCCUCGUGACAACAGCAAAUGCGGAAAAUCCUACAGCCCAAGAGCUAACAUUGUUUAACUCCUGAAACUCCACACUGGAGAAAAGGCUUAGACCUGCAGGGAAUGUGCCAUGUCUUUCUUCAGUGUUAUGGCUAUAGAGAGUCUUUGUGAAGGAGCCAUCUGCCUAAAGUUAAACCUCAUACUGGUAGACCUCCAGAUGGGUGAGACUCUCAUGAGUUCCAGGCACAUGUGUCUUGCAGGAGCUCCUUUGCACGUUCUAAACUGCUGGAGGCCUUUGCAGGAGUUAAAUCAUUAGUCACCCUUGCGUACUAAGGCGAGGGAGAUACACCUGUGUGCUCCCAUUCCUUGGAGGAAAUUCCUUGAGCAGUCUGAGCCUUUAAGGGGAAUUCCUUUCCUUUUCUGACUGAUUACAGCAUACAUCUGACCAGUUUUGGCCAGAAGGACCCAGCCUGGGUUCUGCUGGAAGCUGAUGUGGAAGGCUUCCCUUCAUGGAAAUUCUUGUUCUCACACGACACUUGGUAGUUUUUCCAGCCUCCAAGUCACCACCUCGUAACUGGCUGUCUCACAUUGCUCUGGUUUGCGUGGUAAUAAAGGCCUUAUUUUUAAAUCUG